AUGGACGCAUUGAAACUGAGCUUUCUUCUGCUUCUGCCGCUGACUGUGUUUGUUGAUGCCGAAGUGACUCUGGUGAAGACAAUUGGGGAUGAAGCAGAUGUUACUCCACUAUGCAGCAAUGAAACAUUCAUCACGCUGAUAGUUUGUAAGAUCAGAACAGAGAGGAACAGACAAGAGUGUCGUCUGCUAUAUAAACAUGGACACUUUGAGUUUGAACAUGGAUGUGACUCCGGAUUCUCACUGAUCAAAGACAAUCAGAUCGUAUUUCUCCACCUGAGCAGUUUAGAACCUGCCGACAGCGGAAACUACACCUGUGAGUGUUCUUAUCAUGGAGGAACAUAUAUUCUCCAUCUCAAUGUCACAGUAGAAGAUUCAGAGGAUGCAUCUCCUGUACAAAUGAUGACUCCUUAUGCUUUGAUUGGUGGCUGUGUGGUCAUCAUCGUUACUUUAAUUCUUCUGGGAUUCAUAUUCAGAAGACGCCGCCGCAGAAAACAGCCAGAAUCAGCGAGCUGUCCUUCAGACACGGUUUCUCAGGACAUUGAGCCCUACAGCACCUACAGACAGACAGGAAGUGGCCUCUACUCCACUGUCAAGAUACAACCACGCAUUUGAGGAAGUCGGUGUCAUGUACAGUACAAGUGGAGCUAAUGUUCUGUUAAUGGAGCAACAAGAGUAGUUCAAGCUUUUGUCCACCAGGUGGCUCUAUUCAGCAAUGUGACAUGUACUGAAGCUUUGUUAUUCAUCUGCAAAUUGCAAUUGUAUGUAUGUAUUUUUUUGUAUAUAACAAUGAUCAGAGUCAGCUGAUUGUGUCCUUAAAAAACAAAACGGUGACUCAGAUAUGACCUGAUUACUGUUUGAUUGAUUCCAUCUGAUACAAACAUAUUUUAUAUUAUUUUAAAGGCAGAUUACAGUUAAAUGGACAAAAGUUCAAUCGUUAUGCAAAAGUUUUAUCCAGGAACUGCCCUGUUGUUGUAUUUAAACUGACAGUACAUAAUAUUAAUAUUAAAUAUUGUUGC